AUGGGGAGGCAGAUUCUCGCAAAAUGCCGGUUCUGGUUCGUCGUUUCCACCGCUUUUCUUCUCUGGUACUUAAUCCUCUGCUUUUACAAUUCAGAAUUCACGCCAAGCAAGAGGCCCAUUUCUUCAUUAGGUAACGAUUUCGGCAAUUCUGCCAAUAUCCAACAGCCUAAUUUCGUUCUUUUACGUGGAAAUUCCAACAAACGCAUCAACCAAUUAUUGCCCGAAGAAACAGGGGACAUUAACAAUAAUAAUACCAACAAACGAGAAAGCCCCAGAAAUAUCCUUCAUUUUGAAGAUCAAAUUUUGGUUUCUGACCAAAAACUGAAGCCUAAUAUUGAAGAUUCUUGCUUAGGCCGGUACGUUUAUAUUCAUGAUUUACCGACGAAAUUCAACGACGAUUUGCUAAAGAACUGUCGUUCGCUUAGUGACUGGACUGACAUGUGUGAGUUCACGUCAAACUCUGGUUUCGGCAUUCCUCUUUCCAACGCCGAGAGGGCGUAUUCUAACAAAGGCUGGUACGCCACGAACCAGUUCUCGUUGGAGGUUGUUUUCCACAACAGGAUGAAGCGGUACGGGUGCUUGACAAACGACUCGUCGUCUGCGUCGGCGGUCUUCGUGCCGUACUACGCCGGCCUCGACAUCGCUAGGUACCUCUGGGGUGGUCACAACACGUCGGUACGAGAUUCCGAUUCGGUGGAGCUGGUGAAGUGGCUGAGGGAGAAGCCCGAGUGGAAAAGGAUGUUUGGGAGAGAUCAUUUUGCUGUGGCGGGAAGGAUUACGUGGGAUUUCAGGAGGUUGAGUGACGACCAAUUUGAUUGGGGAAACAAGUUUCUGCUCUUGCCUGAGUCGAAGAACAUGUCGGUUUUGACGAUCGAAUCGAGCCCGUGGCACAACAACGACAUCGGGAUACCGUACCCGACGUACUUCCAUCCUCUGAGGGACGAGGAGGUGUUCCAGUGGCAGGGCAGGAUGAGGAGGGAAAAGAGGCGUUUCCUGUUCUCGUUCGCGGGCGCGGCGAGGCCUAAUAUUCGGGACUCAAUUCGCAACGAAAUCAUCGACCAGUGCAGGGCCUCAAAGGGGAAAUGUAAGCUCUUGGAAUGCAGUUCCGGAUCAAGCAAGUGUUACAAGCCGGAUUUUGUCAUGAAAAUGUUCCAGAGUUCUGUUUUCUGUUUGCAGCCUCCAGGGGAUUCAAGUACUAGGAGGUCGGCUUUCGAUUCGAUCUUGGCAGGAUGUAUUCCAGUUUUCUUUCAUCCGGGGUCGGCUUAUCUUCAGUAUUUGUGGCAUCUUCCGAGAGAUUUCACCAAGUAUUCUGUGUUCAUACAUGCGUUUGAUGUGAAGAAUAGGACAGUGAGUAUUGAGAAGACUUUGGGUGGAAUUCCGAGGCAGAAAGUUGCGGCCAUGAGAGGAGAAGUUAUAAGGCUGAUUCCAAAAGUGAUAUACGCUAGUUCUAAAUUGGAGACUCUUGAUGAUGCGUUUGAUAUCUCAAUUAAGGGAGUUCUUGAAAGAGUGAGCAAGAUAAAGAAGAAAAUGGAAGAGGGUAAGGAUUCUAGUUUUGAUUACCCGGAAGAACUCUCUUGGAAGUAUAACUUUUUUGGGACAGUGGGGGAACAUGAAUGGGAUCGUUUUUUUUUAAGAAUGUAA